AUGUCAUGCUCACAAAAGAAGCCUGCUCCGCUUCACGUCCAAUUCCUGUAUGGGCCGGCAGAAAUCGCUUUGAAAAAAAUACUCUCUUUGAGAAUUGAAUCUCCGCCACUCUUGGGAUUGAGUCCGGAAAAAUCUAGUGAAGAUGCUAGAAAGUUGCUAGAUUUCUGUAACACUUUCAGACGCGGAAGAUCCCAGGAAGCCUGUCUCGACUUGUACUUGGGGAAUAUAUUAGUCGAUCUCAGUUAUGAUACUGUUCUUAUGCUAGCGCUGAUGACUUGGCAUUUUGAUGCUUCAUCUUCUGAAGCAUCACCGAGCUUGAUUAAUUUCCUGAGAUCGCCUUAA